AUGGCUGAGGUGCAGGAGCGGGGUUGGCAGCUGCAGCGGGCUGCCCAGGGCCACACCCUCCCCGGACGCUGCUGCCCUCCAGGCCCCAACAGCAGCCUCCUCUGCCCACCCCACGGAGCAUGGGUUCAGGAGAAGCAGGCGCUCGUGUCCUCAGCGGAGCUGGCUGUGGACCUGGCAGGGGCCAAGUGGCUCCUGGAGCAGCAUAAGGAGCUGGGGCGAGAAAUCAAGGAGCUGCCUUCAAGCCCAGGAUGUGCAGCAGGAGGGCAGCAGCUGGUAGAAAGCGGCCACUUCAUGUUCCUGGAGGCGACAGAGUGUCUGCAGGAGCUGGAAAGGCAGUUGAAGGCACUGGAGGAGGCCUGGACCCUGCAGAGACUGCAGCAGGGGCUGGAGCAGCCAGCAGCUCUGGCCAAGGGCAGCUUCCACUGCUCUUGCUUCCACUGGCCACCCAGGCCGGCUGCAGAGGGCGAGGGGAAGGCCCUCGCACCCCCCAGGGCCUGGGCCUCACGCUGGCUUGCUUCUCCCCAGCACUCAGUGUCCGAUGUGGAGCUGCUGCUCUGUAGACAGCAGGACUUAGAAAAGCUGCUGGUGGGCCAGGAGGAGGAGUUUGUCCAACUGCAGAGGAGGGCAGGGGUUGCCAUCACCUCCAUAUCCUCGUGGGCUGGGUGGCCACUGUGGACUGGGGGGGCCUCCUCGUCCCCUCUGCUGGUCCUGACACUUCCUGGGCCCCGUAUUAUACUUUCAAGAUGUGAGAGCGCCCCUACCACGAAGGGGUCUGUGGAGCUCAGGCAGCAGCUCCUGCCUGAGGGUGGGCAGAACACGGCUUCCACAGCUGCCCUUGACCUUGUGGGAGCCCCACUGGAGAGUCCAAGGGAGCACCAUGACAGGAAGCUUACUCCCUCUUCAAGGCCGAGCAGUGGGGCGGAGACCCCCUUUGCAGCACCAUCUAAGGGGCAGGCUGAAAGCUGGCAUGGAGCCCUGGGCAGCGUGGCAGUUCUGGAGACUGGGAAGUCCAAGAUCGAGGAACAGACAGCCUGGGCAUCUGCUGAGGGCCGGCCUCUAGCUGCAGCUUUCACGGCUGCCCCCCACUCUCCUCGCUGGGGGAGACACAGGGGUGCACGGACGGCCACCCACAGCCCCUGGAGCUCCCGCAGACAGCCGGCCCUGCGGAGGACUGCGCCAGGCUCCCAGCACUGCUCCUGCUUAGCUGGAGCUGAGGCCUCGGCCCUGAAGCAAACUCUGAGGGGCCACCAAACCUCAGGGCUACAAGUGAGGACACCAUCUCAGGGACCCGAACAAGACUCAGCUCCCAGGGCCCUACUGACUUCGGGGCGAGACGGUUCCUCUCUCGUUAAGAAACAGGACCCCACCACCAAGGUCAGAGCUCAGUGGAGCUGUUCCUCUAGCCUCUUCCUUCGGCUCAUCUGGUCCCAGCUCUGGCCGCCCCACUGGGGGAUGGGAAGCAGCCCUCUGAUUGUGUCCCUGACCAGGUGGGGACAGGGCCGCCAGCUUUCACUGCCUGCAAGUCUGCUCACCUGGGCAGGGCCAGGGCUGCAACAGCAGAGACCCGCCCCCUCACCGCCUCCCACCCCCGAGACCAAACUGGCCUCCUGCCCACUUUGCUGGGAGCAGAUGACCCUCGUUUCAGGGGAAGCCCCUGCUGACUUGCUGGCUCUGAGAGGCGGUUGGGAAGACAUUUUGUUUCUUAAACCAGUCCUUGCCCUGUGCGACCAAACGUCUGGAAUAACAUGUCCCUUCCGUCUCCGGCCCAUCCCACGGGGCCCAGGCUGCAGCCCCUGGUUAGAAGGCUCGAUCUACCCAGAGGUGUCCAUGGCAGGCUUGCUGGUGGCUUCAGUGCCACAUCAGUACCACAUCUGA